GGGAUGGGGGGGGGACAGAUGAGAUGUACGAGCGCGAUGCGCGCUUGCUACAUAGUCAGGUAACAGAGAAUGAGGAAGAGAAAACCAGGAUGGGAAGUCUUGGGUUACAGACAGAGAGAUUGGGCCACGUCUGCGUUCCUCCUAUGUAUGUGUUUGCAUAUGUUAUGUAUUCUUGAGUUGUGAAAGGUGGUGACCGGCUUGUCUAGUUGCGCGUUGAUAUAAGCAGAGUCGCGAAGCAAUCCAAUCCCGUUAAACUCGUACUCCCUCUCGUCGCUUACAACCUUUUCGCCUUUUGUCCCCCUUACGGAAGAGAGUUCGUACACACGGCCAUUAUAGCAAUUGGUUCUCAAGGCUAUAUCUCCGCGAUGUGCCCUCAUUUUUUUAACGACCAAGGGGGGGACGCGAAUACUAAAAUACAAAGACUCCAUUCGCCCCUUUUCCCCGGCGCCCCCUUUUUUCGACUCGGCGAAGCCCAGGCGGGGCGCACGCACGACACGAUGUCUGGCCCCCUUAGGGAUGUCUUAUCUUUACCUCUUUAUCUGUCUGCAUGCAUACUUCCGCUCUUACCCUCCCCGGGGCAGUCCGUCCUAGCGUGUGGCUUGCUCUGCUCUACUCUACUCUCCUGUAUAUAUGUAUAUAUAAUAGGUAUAUAUACAUACAUAUAUGGUUACGCGCUGCCCCCCUCACCACCCGCCUCUCUCUCUCUCUCUCUCUCUCUCUCUCUCUCUCUCUCUCUCUCUCUCUCUGCGCCACGCGGGCUCUGCCCCAAGCGGGCCUGCGCCCGCCGCGAUUCUUCCUCUGUAGCCGUUACGGUGUCUCGGUAGGUAGGUAGGUUAGGUAGGUGACGUCGGUAAGGUAGAGCGUCUAGGUGGAAGUUUUAGUUCACUCCAAAGGCUCUUCUUCCUUUUUUUUCUCUCUCCCUCUCUCCCUCCUUUCUCCCUUUUGGUCUCUCCCUUUUGGUUUCUCCCUCUCUUGUCCUUCCUCCGAGUAUCCCACCCCACCCCCACCCCCCAACCCCCC